CACACCACUUUUCUGACCGGCCAUUGUCAUACAGUAUGGCAACAUUGCUUGCAAAAAUAUUAGCUAAACAGCUGUUUGUUGUGUGUCAGGAGUUUAACUCGUUGCAAGUUGCGGUUUGUGUUUCUUUUACCUGUGAAAGUUAAAUAAAAGAAAGUGCAUUUCUUUAAUAAUAAACAAUUUGCGCAGUUUGAAUUGCAAAUUGCUUACGAUUCCCCACAUUUUUUUCGAACUCCUCUCCAUUCUUCUUCAUUUGAGAAAAUUUGAAUGCAAAUAUCCAGUUUAAGGAUUAUUCAGAACUUAUCCACGCUUCUUAGACGGCAUUAUUCAUCUAGCCUAAAAGCCUCCAACAUGACAGCUGAUGUCCUUAAUCUUUCAUCAAGUUCUGAUACAAAAAUCUCCCCUCUUAAGUAUCCCGUUGCACGAAAAGAUGAGAACGUUGUUGACAAUUUCCAUGGCACUGAGGUGAAAGAUGUCUAUCGCUGGUUAGAGGAUCCGGAUGCGGAAGAGACCCAAAAGUAUGUGGAAGAGCAAAACAAAAUAAGUCAACCUUUUCUAGAGGGAUGUGAAGCCUGGAAGAAAAUCAAUAAAAAAUUGACAAAGCUGUGGAACUAUGAGAAGUACGGUUGCCCCAUGAAACAUGGCCAGUAUUAUUAUUUCUAUAAGAACACUGGGUUGCAGAACCAAAGUGUUAUGUAUCAACAAGACACGCUGGAUGGAGAGCCACGUUUGUUUUUCGAUCCCAAUGCCUUGUCUAGCGAUGGCACCAUAGCACUGGCCCAGAAGUCCUUCUCCGAAGAUGGCAAAUUCAUGGCCUAUGGCUUGAGUGCCAGUGGCUCGGAUUGGAUUAAGAUUUACAUACGCAAUGUGGAGACUGGCAAGGAUCUUGAUGAAGUUCUGGAGAAGGUAAAGUUCUCUGAUAUUUCCUGGACUAAGGACAACAAAGGCUUCUUUUAUGGCCGCUAUCCACACCAGGAAGGUAAAACGGAUGGUUCUGAGACCAAACAAAAUGAAAAUCAAAAGCUUUACUACCACUACGUGGGCCAACCACAGGAAAAGGACGUCUUAAUCGCCGAAUUUCCCGAGGAACCCACCUGGCGCAUCCAAUCGGUGGUCUCCGAUUGUGGCAAGUACCUUAUUUUGCCCAUUGUCAAAGAUUGUCGCGACAACAUAGUGUACUAUGCCGAUUUGGUGGAGGGUGCCGAGAUCAACUCCAAACUUAAAAUCAAGAAAAUCGUUGAAAAGUUUGAGUCCGAUUACGACUACAUAACAAACAUCGGCUCCAAAAUGUAUUUCCGUACUAAUAAGGAUGCUUCCAAUUAUCGUGUGAUCAUGAUAGACUUUGAGAAUCCUGCUCAAGAGAAUUGGCAAACUCUGAUUCCUGAACACGCCUCUGACGUCCUGGAUUGGGUACAUUGCGUGCAUGAAGAUAAACUGGUGUUGGGUUACAUACAAGACGUGAAGAGUGUGCUACAAGUGCAUUCCCUACAGACCGGUGAACUGAUUCAUAAGUUUGAUUUGGACAUUGGUACCAUUGUGGCCUUAUCCGGUAAGAAGGAGCACUCGGAGUUGUUCUACAACUUCUCGUCGUUCCUAACUCCCGGAACAAUUUACCACUAUGACUUCAAAUGGAACAACUUCACACCAAAGCUGCUGCGGGAAAUCAAACUCAACUUGGAGGGCUUUUCUCCCUCCAACUACAAAGUGGAGCAGGUCUUCUACGAGAGUAAAGACUCUACCAAAAUCCCCAUGUUCAUCGUGUAUAAGAACAGCGAAUCGGAGAAAAGAACGCCACGCCCUUGUUUCCUGUAUGGCUAUGGAGGUUUCAACAUUAGCAUGCAACCCUCCUUCGGCAUUACGGGCCUAAUGUUCAUCGACACUUUUGAUGGGGUCAUUGCCUAUCCAAAUUUGCGUGGUGGUGGUGAAUAUGGUGAAAAAUGGCACAAUGCCGGCCGUUUGCUGAAUAAACAAAAUGUGUUCAAUGACUUCCAAGCGGCAGCCGAAUAUUUGGUUGCCCACAACUAUACCACUAAAGACCGUUUGGUUAUCCAGGGAGGCUCGAACGGUGGCCUGUUGGUGGGUGCCUGUAUAAAUCAACGUCCCGAUUUGUUUGGAGCUGCUGUUGCCCAAGUGGGCGUUAUGGAUAUGUUGCGUUUUCAUAAAUUCACCAUUGGCCAUGCCUGGUGCUCGGACUAUGGCAAUCCCGAUGAGAAGGAACAUUUCGACAAUCUCUUCAAGUAUUCACCCCUCCACAAUGUGCAUACACCCAAAUCGCCUCAAGAGGAAUAUCCCUCCACCUUGGUGCUCACUGCCGACCACGAUGACCGUGUGAGUCCUCUGCAUUCGUUGAAAUUCAUUGCUGCCCUCCAAGAGGCAGUACGUCAAUCGGAACACCAAAAGAACCCCAUACUGUUGCGUGUCUACAGCAAGGCUGGCCACGGUGCUGGCAAACCAACAUCCAAACGUAUUGAGGAGGCCACCGAUGUUUUGACCUUUAUGCUAAGAAGUCUUAACAUUGACAAGGUCAAUUUGUAAGCUUGCCAAAUGCUGCCGUUUGAAGAGAACUACUACACCAUUAUUUCAAUUGCUAUCUCAAUUUGUAUAUUUUUCUUCGUCCUUGUCUUCUAAUACCAUUUAACAUUUUGUAUUAUUUAAUUAAACCACACACCAGCUUUUUUUUAUAAAAGUUUAAACAAAUAUACAAACAUAUUUCAAUAAAUAUUAAUUCGAAACUCAA